UCGCGCGCAUGACUUUAAAAAAUUGUUGUAAAAAUCUAAAACUUGAGAGAGAGAAGCAAGAUCGGAAAAAAGUUUUACCAAUCAAGUUUUUUAUUUCGCAAUAAUGUAUUAUAACAAAACUUCAACCUAGUUAAUGUUGUUGUGGGCUUUUUGUGAGUGUACCGCGCACUAGUAUUGGUGUCGUCGUGUAUUGUUAGUGUUGGUCGGUUGUUGGUUUCUUUCGUUCGAAUUGAAUUGAAACAGCUAAAAAGCUAAAGCUAAACACGACGAACUGCGAACUGUACGUGCGUUGUGUGAAAACAAAAGCGCACAAAAAACAUGAGCAUGAUGAUCAUGGCUACGAAAAGUGAAAUUUAAUGGAAUUAUGUAUGCAUAUAUACUAUAUAAUCAAAUAAUAAUAUGCAAAUUCAGAACCACAAUAUACCUAUAAUCGUAUACCUAUGUAUAUACACAUAUUGAAAACAAAGUGUGUGAGUUUUGUGUUAUUAGAGUGUUGAUGUUGAAAUUGAAAGUUAAAAUUGAAAAUUGCGCUUAAUGUUGAAGCAGCCCCAUCUCCAGCAAACCAACAGCGCCAGAUCUGCAAAAAAUAAGGAAUAGAACGCGACGUAUAGAACCAAAAGAGACUGUGGAAACUUCAGAGCAUAAACAAAAGCAAAAACCAGAUAAUUGUGAAAGGGAGUAACUGUGGAAGAAUUAAUGAAAGAGUUUCAAAGAAUGUUGAUGUUGCAAUACAGCAAGCAUGGAGAGUGUAUUCUCAAAGAAAUUGGAGCCGCGUUUAGGGGGGAGCAUCCUGCAGAUUUAACAAUAGUCUGCGAGAAUAAAGUGAAACUCCACGCCCACAAGCUUGUUUUAGCAGCUGCCAGUCCUCUAAUAAGGAACUUGUUGGAGGACACCCACCUGAGUGAUUGCUCCACCACAGUUUACUUUCCGGAUGUAAACGCUACUUAUUUCAAAUUCCUUUUGGAUUUUCUAUAUUCCGGCCAGACAUGCAUCACUUCUCGGGAUGUUAACUACUUACAUGAUUUGCUGCUAUUGCUGCAAAUCAAAUCCGAUAGUUGGAAGACCACCGAUUCGGCCUAUCUUAGUAGUAAAUGCGGAAAUUUGCGGGACAGAUCACGAAAACAGUAUUCGUCCACACAAAAUUUAGAUCAAACGCUCAAGUAUGAGGUGGAGAGUGUGGACGAGAGCCGAAAUAUGGCAGACUUUUCAACAUUCUCCGCUGAGAACUGCGACACCGCCACCGAAUGUACACAAAAGGAUGAAGACGACUCCGGCAAGGAUAACAAAAGCGAUAAAGACACAGACGAGAUUGUUAAUCUAUCAAACAUUCCAGCUAGCGGACCUGCCAAUAGCAGUAGCAAUGGCAACAACACUAAUUCUGCUAUAAACCCAGUUAACUUAUCACUCGACCUAAGAACGAAAGGUGACAAUUCUAAUCGAAGUGAUAUCAGCAAGACAUUUGGAUCGGACCACAGCGGCGUUGAGUCGCCCAGUGCCGCCAACGAGAGUACGAAACGAAAGGGACUGUUUUUUGAAUCACAUAAGGAUGUUAUGAAGCCGCUCUCUGAUGCCUCUGACAUAAACAGCUCUCCAGAGAACUACGUUGUAACGCCGCAUCGGAAGCGACGGCCGGGAUUUCAUAACACACAGAGCGACAAUCAACCAUUCACUUCAUAUCAGCACAGUUUUUUGGAGGAAUUACGGCUUGUGAAAUCGACUGGGUCGCCUAUAUCUGGAUUUCCGCCCGACAAGAGUAUAUUGUCGCACAUGGAAGAUAGCACCCUAAAUGGUGAUACAAUGACACCAGAACGAAAACUUCUCGAAACACAACGCAAUCGAGCUCAAAGUCCGGACCUGCAGAUGCAUCUGGCACCUCAAUUCGUUUACCAAUGGCAGUCCAACCAGAACGCAGCCAUCUCCAGUAUGCCCAAUCUGCAGUCACGACUCUCAAGCCUUUCACAGAUUAAUUUAAAUCUUGACCCAGAGAGUCGAAACAGCUCCACCACCGUAUCCAACAUAGCCUCCAAUAACUCACACACAUCUUCAGUGCGAGAGUACCGCUGUGAGUACUGCGGCAAGCAAUUCGGCAUGUCCUGGAAUCUUAAAACCCAUCUCCGCGUCCACACGGGCGAAAAGCCGUUCGCCUGUCGUCUUUGCGUUGCAAUGUUCAAACAGAAGGCGCAUCUUCUCAAGCACUUGUGUUCGGUUCAUAGGAAUGUCAUCACCACCACCAAUGGUACCGAUACAGAAAACCGGUACAGCUGUUGCUUCUGCUCGAUGUGUUUUGAAUCGGUACAGGAGUUAGUCCGACAUUUAUCCGGCCACCACAAUAACCUGCUGCUCACCAAGAAUCUUCGCGAAUGAUGAAUCAACCGAUCCAAUUGAGUGGCGACGCAAAGCCAAUCAUUUAAUUGCAAAGAGACCUGAAUUUUAAAUAUUUACAAUAAAAACAAACAUACGGUAAAAAGAGCUAAAUACUUAUUGUAUAAAUAUAUACUACAUUUAAAGAGUAAUUUUACUUUUAUGUAUUUCUAUUUCACACCAUCAUUACAAUGAUGAGGCGUAGCCAGCCUCCCACUUCUCUUCCUCGUCCUUUUCCUCCUCACAAAUCUCUGUAUGUACGCAUGCAUAUGUAUUUGGCAUCCAAUACUUUUAAUGCCGCACAACCACCCCUCCCUUUUAAAACCGGCUGGUCCAUAUAUUUUGGAACAUUAUAUUAUACUUUAAGCAUAAGCGUAUUUUCUAUACAAGAACGUAUUUUAAUUUUUACUGUAUUUUCUAUACGUUUAAAACUUUAUUUGAGCAUUUGAAUUAUUUUUUAUACAUUCUCCGAUCACAUUAUUCUAUUCUUCCCCCUUCAACUGUCAAUAAGAAAGUGUGUAUAUUGUACAGUAUAAAUUCGCGGAAUUGUAAUAAUAAAAACAAAAAUCACUUUUGUACAGAUUUCUUUCAA